GGUCCUGUGGGAAUCCGAUGUGAAUCCACGUUGGCCGCUGCGGUCGUCCUCUGUGAAGCUUUAAACCUAACAAGCAGCUCCGGUGUGUCGUUUCCCUCAAGUGCCGAUGGGCUUCUUCGUGGCAGGGCGGCACAAGUGAAGGGUGCUUUUGCUUUGAAAGAGACAAAAGGGGGAAAAUACGAAGAAGCAGAGCGGGGAGCACACAGAAUGGGAGUCUGCAGCAGGAGCGAAUCCUCCUAGAGACAGAGACCCGGAGAAGGCGGCGGCCACUGUGCAGCAGCAGUUUCCAACGGACAGAGAUUUAAGCUGCUGAGUCUGCUGGCUUUCACCCCAACCUCCUCGCUUCUGAAGUGUCUCCAAAGAUGAUUGACAGCCAGCUGUCGGCACAGAGGAGGGCAAUGAGGAGUUUCCCUGAUGACAGCGGCGUGGAGAAGACCAGCACCUACAUCGUGCCCUGCUUCCUCUUCGUGGAGCUGGUCAUCAUGGCAGGCACCGUUCUGCUGGCGUACUACUUUGAGUACACGGACACGUUCCCCGUGCACAUUCAGGGCUUCUUCUGUUUCGACAAAGCCUACUCCAAGCCCUUCCCGGGACCGGAGGACAACAGCAAGGCGCCGCCCGUCCUCGUCUACUCCCUGGUCACCGCCAUCCCCACUGUGACGAUUCUGAUCGGAGAAGUGACCAGUUUCUUUGUGAAGACGGAAGGAGCUCAGGAAAAGACCAUAGUGACCGCCGACUGCUGUUAUUUCAACCCUCUCCUCCGAAGGAUUGUACGUUUUCUGGGUGUCUAUUCCUUCGGGCUCUUUACCACCACCAUCUUCGCCAAUGCCGGUCAAGUGGUGACAGGAAACCAGACGCCUCAUUUCCUGUCCGCCUGCAGGCCAAACUACACGGCUCUGGGCUGCCAGUCUCCGCUGCACUACAUCGCCGAGCGCCGGGCCUGCACAGGAAACCCCUACCUGGUGGCGUCCGCCCGCAAGUCCUUCCCCUCCAAAGACGCGGCGCUUAGCUUUUACUCAGCCAUCUACACGGUGAUGUACGUGACACUGGUGUUCCGGACCAAAGGGACCCGCCUCACCAAGCCCACCUUGUGCCUGGUGCUGCUGUCUCUGGCCGUGCUGGUGGGGGUGGUGCGGGUGACUGAACACAGAAACCACUGGAACGAUGUGCUGGCUGGGUUCGUCACCGGAGGGGCCAUCGCUGCCUUCCUGGUUUCAUGUGUGAUCAACAAUUUCAAGCAGACCCAGAUAGCAUUGCCACCUCCUCCGCCUCAACAGCGCCCUGAGCAGCCAAUCGGGCUUCCUCUCCUCAGCCUGCCCCGCGUGGAGAGUCCACUCGAAAAGUUCCAGGGCUACCGUAUUCUGAGAUCACAUGACCAUCAGCCAAUGCCGUACCCCACCCCUCCCGAUGUGCUCCUCCCCUCACGGCGUUGCCUCACCAGCGCAGUCUAGACCUCCCCACCGAAUGCCCCCCGCCCUGCCCAGCCCACCCCGCAGGACGACACCCUCUCAGACGAGUCAAAUCUACGCAGGUCUGAAAGGUCCACCAAUCAGAAGAGGCAGACCAGCGACACGUGCGUGUGACAUGCGCCGCUGAAACCCGUCAUCGGCUGAGGACCAGUAGGACGGGAUACGCGUCCUUCUUUUCCUGUUAUGUCAUGUUUUUCCUCCACAAUGGCGUCCUUUUUUCUUUCUGGUGAUAAAAGACCCGCUGAAAGAACCCGCCAAAGCGAGAGCUGUUGAAGCAAUACUGUGUCCAUAUUUCCAUGUCCUGUUUUUCUAAUAGACAACACAACAGGGACUCUAAAGACUGUUGGCUGGUUAUGACUUGAUGAAACACUUGACCAUGUAAAAGUUAUUCAGCGAAGCUGAGGGUUUCAGGGAUCGAAGAAAGUUCCAGUCGCUGGUGGAUCGUCCUCAACGCAACACUCAGGACAAUACAAUGGGGGGGUAGGGACGAAAUGAAGAUCACAGACCUUUAUCUAAUCAAACGCAGGUAUUAUGGUACAGAUUACGUCUGUCCGCAUAACAAACGAGACGUGGUCGAAGAAAAAAAGCACCUUUGUAAAUUAUGGAACAGAUGAACCAACUUAGUGUUCACCAAACUGUGUUGUGUCUUAUUUGUUUUGGGGGAUUUGGUUAUGAUCUCUGGGCUGUAUUUUGUGUGACGUGACAGAGGAGAGAACACACCAGGGCUGUGUUUGUGAUACCACCAUUUGUUUUUCUGGGAAAUCAGUUAAUUCAUCCUUGAACUAGAUUUUCCAUCAGCUCUCCAAAUGUCUUUUACUGACUAUUCAUGUCUGUGUUUUCUACACGUUGGUAGGUUCCACCUCCAUAAUGUAAAAUAUUCUGAAGGUUUCAUCAUUAGACUUACUGCCUAUUCCCCUGUGGACUUCAUUGUUGGUGUUAGUUGCUACAAAUGUCUAAAUCGUUUUUUCUUUUGCUACCUGUAUCUAAAUGUGAACUGUUUCACCCCCUUUUCUUUCUGAAGCUAUCGUGUUAUAAGAGUAGUUUGGCGUCGGUUGUUGAUGCCACUGUUUUAUCCGUCCUGUCCAGUGAUUUCCCCUCACUGACUUUAGGGAACCGAUGGCACGGACCGGUGUGUGACACAGAGGCGUGACCUCUGAGUUUUGUAUAGUUUUGUACAGUAAAUAGGUUUCUUUACGCGGUAUAUACUACAUUAUCAUUACGUUUAGUGUGAACGAUGCGAGGCUACGAGUAGAGGCCUGCCUUGAAGUAGGAGCGUGCUUUGGAUCUUAUCCGUUCAGAAGGACACACGCAGGCAGGUUGUUCUAGUGUUCUAGGUUAUUCAAGAGUAUGCGAUGCGUUAUAUAAAGAAGACAUUUUACUAGGCGUGUGUGCGCGUGUGUCUGUGCGUGUGCGUGCUUAUUGAGAUUAGUGUGUACGUUUUAUAGGGAGCACAUCGUAUGGCAGCAAAACUAUUAAUUCGGCAAUCUGUUUUUAAGUUAAACCGUCAAAAGUAGCUGCUAUAAUAACACCUGUGCUUGUAUGUAACUGCAGGCCAUCAAAAGACCCCUGCCAAGGCGCCCUAACAAUGCCUGUUAAAGCAGAAGGUGCUCAUUAUAGGUCUGAGAUUACCUUAAGGAAAACUUUUCGGUCUGGAUUUUUUUUUGUAAACAACUGAAGGGGUGGAGAACAUGGUAAAUGUCCAAAAUGACAUUAUUUUCAUGUUAAAAAUGUCUCUGUUUUGUAUUUAUUUACCUAAAUAAAUUGUGAUUACCACACAUGG